UGUUUCUGUGUUUUCCCGCCUGUGCGUCACCGACUGUCUGAGAGAUGGAUGUCAGCUAGCAGAGGAUGCUUACAUCAGCUGUCAGAGGCUUUGGCAGAGGGGCUUUGGCUGAAUUGGACACAGAGGCCAGGUUUGUAUGGCUUUUUAUAUUCAUAUUUUCAUUAAUGAGACUGUGUAUGACUCUGUUUAUGAAGCGUUGUGAAUGAAUUCGAGUAAAGAGUAGAAGCUAGUGUAAGCUAAGUGUGUUGCUAGCUCGCUGGGGCUAACGCUGGAUUGCAGAGAGAGAGAGCGGUCAUUGUUUACACCGUGUCCUCUGAUAGCCUGAGAGAGAUUUUACACGUCUUUGCCUCUUUUGAAAGGUGUUUUUCUCUGUGAAGGAACAACGUGGACAGUGAUAGCUUUUGUAUUAUCCGUCUAAACCCUCCUAUAUAUUCACCCUUUGGUUACUACACAUUUGCUAGAAGAGAUUUAGUGCUGCAGUAGAGGUGAAUAUCUUGUCACUUGGCAUUGGGAUCUCUAUAGAUAUUGAGUUAAAGCUAUAUGCAGAGGUAGCAGUCCCUUUACUUGACAGGAGGCACAGCAGAAGCCUAUUCAAGUGGACUUAAAUACCCCCAAGUUACUGUAAUAACUUCACUCAAAUGACCCAAACCGAACUGAGAUGAAGUUUGACAUCAGAAAGUGAAAACAGGAUAUCGCUUACAGAGGACUUCUGCUUUUUCUGCCUUUUAUUGCGUAAAUUCAGUGACUUCCCACCACUUUUGAAUGAGUUAUUGUCCAGCAGCUAUAACAGGUGUUCAGUAGGUACUUCCCUGCUGGUGUUGCUCAUCUCUAAGAUAUAUAUUUGUGACCUUUCAGCUGGCAGGUAUGGUGAGGCACAGCAUGAUGACUGAGUUGCACGCCCUCCAGCACUCUUUCCAGGUAAGAGCUGAACUGUUUCGACACUUUCAACUUCCCGACACAUGUUGUUGUGUGAGAUAAAGCCAGAAGGUAGUUCACAGAUGCCCAAGGUCAUCAUUGUAUUAAUGUAGAAGUUUCAUCACUCCCCCAUGAGUCAUGCACUUUUUACUGCAUGUGUUUCUCGUAAUAUCAGACACACAAAGAUAAGGCCUGUCAGGUUGUUUCCUGUGUCCUAGUCAGACCACUGUUUUGGCACAGUGCCACAGCAGAUAACUAAUCAGUUAGGUCUAAAAAGUAUUAGACCAUAAGAUAACAGAAAGUUUGUUUUUGUGGUAUUUUUGCCAUUUAACUCAGAAUAAAAUGGAAAAUCGUAUAUUCUUUCUCAGGCUUUCUUCACCGUCUGAUCUAUCUGGCUACUCUCGUUCUUUCCUCCCUCCUCUCCCCCUACCCCGUCGCCCUCUCUCUGUUACAGGACAACACUCUGGCUCUGGGCCAAGUGGGGCAGAGCUGUGGGGGAAUUCAGGAGAAUGGGAUCGCUUCAGAGCAGAGACAACAGCAACUUUCCCAAGGCCUGGCAGGUAACACAGCUCUGAAAGUUAUAGUCCAGCUAUAAACAGAAAUACUCGGGCAAAGUCUGAUCUAUUUAAAAAAAACCGAUUGGUUUCAUCUGUACCUUUUUCAGAGCCGGAAAAGAGCCAACCAGUGAACAUCCCAGAUGCAGCUAAAAGGAAGAAGAAAAAGAGAACCAGAGCGACAGACAGCUCCACCGGCACUUUUGAUGGUAAUGAUGAUAAAAGUGUUGCAAGUCAUACUCUGCUUACUAUAAAGUAAGAAAUAAAGAGGACAUUUUCAUCUUUUAAACACCUGCUGCUCUCUUCUAUGUCACAUUUCCAUCAGAUCUUUACAAAUUGACAGAUGAGGUGCUGGGUCAGGGGGCUUAUGCCAAAGUUCAAGGAUGCACAAGUCUCCAAAAUGGACAGGAGUUUGCUGUAAAGGUAAGUGAGAAUAGUUUGGUAGACACCACUUUGAAAAGGUUAUCCUUAUUUUUUCAGGAUAACAGCAAGAAGAAAUGAAAGUUUGUCAAGUUUAAAUACAGAUAGAAUAUAUUUAUCAAAAUAUUCACAAGCAUAGAUAAGAUGAUCGUAAUAUUUUCUAUAUUUCUGUUUUCAUAAGAUCAUAGAAAAGAGUGCAGGGCACAGCCGCAGCAGAGUGUUUCGGGAAGUGGAGACCUUGUACCAGUGUCAAGGAAACAGGUGAGUGAAUGUUUGUGACAAACAUGUUUGUUGAAUUAGAACAGACAAAAGUGAAAGCAGUUGUAAUCAUUGGGAAAUAUCUUGAUCCAGGAACAUUUUGGAAUUGAUCCAGUUCUUUGAAGACAGCUCCUGCUUUUAUUUAGUCUUUGAAAAGCUGCGUGGAGGUAAGUAGGAGCACAAAGCUCAAUAUCUCAACAAUCUCAGCAUUUAUUUGUUUAUUUUUUUAGAUGACUUCGUUUAAACACACAUCAAGUAAUAGAAGUGACUGUCUUUCCAUCGAUCAGGCUCUAUCCUCACACACAUCCAGAACCGGAAGCACUUUGAUGAGCUGGAGGCCAGUAAGGUGGUCACGGACAUCGCACAGGCUCUGGACUUUCUGCACACAAAAGGUUGGAGGACGUAAACACAGCUCGAGAAAAAGAAAUUGAACCUUUUUUGUAUUCUGUGAUGCUGACAGUGUACUCUUCUGCAGGAAUCGCCCACAGAGACCUGAAGCUGGAGAACAUCCUCUGUGAAUACACUGAUCGAGUAAGGGAUGGAAACUCUCAGAGGAAGAUCAGAAAGAAGAUCUGAAAGUUUGGAUGAUGAAACUUGAUGUUUUACUUCCUCUUUUUUUAGGUGUCUCCUGUAAAGAUCUGUGAUUUUGAUUUGGGAAGUGGAGUGAAGCUCAGCAGUGCCUGUACACCCAUAACAACUCCAGAGCUCACCACACCGGUACAGUCUGAUGACAAACUCAUGGCAAAUUCAUACAAGCUUAAUCUGAAACAAACAAUGACGUUAUUCAUGUUUUUCCCUUUUCCAGUGUGGCUCAGCAGAGUACAUGGCUCCAGAAGUGGUGGAGGUGUUCACUGAUGAGGCAUCCUUUUACGACAAGCGCUGUGAUCUGUGGAGCCUCGGGGUGAUCCUCUACAUCCUGCUGAGCGGCAGCCCCCCUUUCACAGGCCACUGUGGCACCGACUGCGGCUGGGAUCGGGGAGAGACUUGCAGAGCCUGCCAGGUACUUUCGUCAGAUCACUCUCUGACUCAAUCACUUUCCAUUUUACGGUUAAAGAUAGCUCCUUUUUCUGAGACAGACAGCAGUAACAGCAAUAACAGGUCUCUUAAGAAAAUAUUCUUUCAGUUUUUACUUCCUUUCUUUUGUCUUUUUAGUUUUAGGAACCUUAGUUUAGGGUUUCUGAUUUGUAUAUCUUAAAUCCUCAUUGCACCACACGGAAUAAGACAGCGUCAGAGUCUGGUGUAAUCUAAGGUGACAGCUGUCCUUUUUAAAGUCUGAAUAGACUUCAGUAGCACUUGUCACUUGAGCAGCCAAUGGACUGAAGUCACACUGCCCUGCCUCAGUGUCUGGUGUCACUCUGGGUUUAUUGCCUUCAUUUCCAUGAAAUUAAGUUCUGCGAUUUGUGACAUUUUGAGUCUGUCAUGCUGUUUUCCUCGCAUUAACUCUGUGUUAAAUGACGCAUUCAAGACAAAAAAAGAUCCACAAAAAUGUGAGUGGCUGCGCUGCUUAACUUGGCUGUAACUGCAUCCUGUGUUUUAGUAUUCUCAGCAGUUUAUGCCUCCACCAGACUGUUUUUAAAUUUCUAAACUAUCCAUGGAAAUUCUCUCCUCAGAGUUACCUGUUUGACAGCAUUCAGCAAGGCAAGUAUGAGUUUCCAGAAAAGGACUGGAGUCAUAUCACAGAGGGGGCCAAAGACCUCAUAUCAAAGCUGCUGGUUCGAGAUGCAACUCUGCGCCUCAGUGCUGCUCAGGUCCUCAAGCACCCUUGGGUUCAGGGGGUGAGUAUCAGUGCAUCUGUGAACACCAAAAUAGCUUUCAAAGUACUUAUUUGCCCAAAAAGGAGAGUCAAGAGUGCACUGAAGUUCAAAGCUUAUUUUGAAGGUGCUCUUUGGUGAAGAAUACAAAUAUACUUUUUUUGCAAAUACUAUUUGAUAGUACAUCAUUAUGUUUCAUCCUCAUAAAUACAGAGUAAAAGUUGUGAGAAAUAUUGAUAAAGAUGCUUUUCAGAUUACUUCAACUCCAUAUUUAAUUGAAAAAAAUACAAAGACAACAUUUCACAAUUUAAGCAUUUUACUACAACAGAAACAUUUUAUUGUGUUAUGGAAAAAUAUACACUCAUUUAGGAUUUGAUGCCAGCAACGUGUUUCAAAAAUGUAGGGGACAGGGACACCUGCAGGUACAUCAGGUUAGUUAAAUGGCUGGAUAAAAAAAGGGCAUGGAGAGACACUGAGUCACUUAGAAGUAAAGCUUUGAGCGGCUAUAUGAGCUAAUAGUUCAAUAAGUCCAGAAUAUUGUUUUUUUAGCUAAAAAGUGCAAAGAAUUUGGAGAUUUCAUUAAAUCAUUAAAAAGAUUCAGAGGAUUCAUAAUAACAAUAAUGAUAAUUAUUAUUAUUAUAAUAAAAAUAAUAAUAAUAAUUUAAAAAAGCCACUGCCCCUGAGUGAUAUGGGGAUGGUAUGAGCAGUUUACACAUCUGGAACCAGGCAUCAUUAAUGGUGAGUUAAUGAAGGUUUUUAAGCAACAUGUGCUUUUGUCUGGAUAAUGCUUUUGCCUUUUAAAGGGAAAAUCUGGUAUUUUUUACUGAACAAUUCCAAACCACAUUCUACACACAUUGGAAUAGUAUAACUCUGAAUGAAGAGAGUACAGAUACUAAACUGGCCCGCCCUCAGUCCAGACUUGUCACCCACUGGAAACACUGAAAACGCUCAGCGUGACACCAAAACAGCGCCUAACAUCCUGUAUCAGGCAAGAAUAGGAUGUGCCAUUUUCAAAACCCCAGAAACUGGUCUUCUCAGUAUAUCUAAAAAGGAAAUACAUUUAUUUACAUGACAAUGUAAUAACUAAGCUUUAACAUUAGAUGUGCUGUCUCUUUAGUAUUAGUAGUUAAAUAUGGGAUAAGAAUGCAGUUUAAAACCGUUGCACAACAUCAACAGUGUUCAACCUUUAUGAAUUAAGGUCAUGUAACCAUUCAAUUCAGUAUUUAUUUACAUUUUAUCUUUUAUUUUUGUCUACAGAAUGCACCGGAAAGAGGGCUUCCAACUCCACAUGUUCUUCAGAGGUAAGAAAACUCUGUGAAAAGUCCCAUCCAGAAACUUUAAACUCCUUUAGGAAGGAAAGCUUAAGACUUCACCCAGUUGAGAAACAGAGAGAUGCACGUUUGUCAUGGGAAUGUUUAGAUAUCAAAGAUGGGAACAGUCUCAGAAAUGCUCCUCUUUCUCUUUUCUGUUAUUCCAGGAACAGCAGCACCAAAGACCUGACUCAGUUCGCAGCAGAAGCCAUCGCCUUUAACCGGCAGCUCUCCCAGCACGAUGAGCAGCAGGAGGACUCGGGGGUCAUCGUUUGCUCCAUGAGGCUUUCUCCACCUUCCAACUCCAGACUGGCCCGCAGACGGGCUCAGUCCAAUGCUCUGCGCACUCGAGACUUCGCACCCGCGUCGGACAACCUCGCUGCUUGAAGGACCAGUAGGAGUCCUCUCGUCGUGUUUUCUUAUUGAUUUUAGCCGCUGCCUGCUCCUCGUGCUUUUAUUUUUGUUCUCACAGGAAGCCUUUUAGGAUCAGCUACACAGUAUCACAGGUGAUAAACUGAUCUCGGUGUUGAAGCUCUCCCUCUCAUGGCCAGUAAAUUUUUUUAACAUAGACAGUUUGACUACCAAGGGGCCACUUAAACCUUGGCUAUCAACUUCUUAAUUUACCCAGUAGUUGAAACUCCUGUUGGUUGUCCAGGAGUUGUUUUAAGCUGCCUGAAUUAUUUGUCUUUUAUUUGAGAAGAGCUUUGGGUUUACUUUUACCGCAGGUCUUUACAGAGUUAUUUAUUUUUAUUAAACGAUGCUUACACAGUCGAAACAACUCUUAAUGCCAAGUAUCUCUCAGUACAUAUCAUCACCAUGGCAUUGCACACCGAAGGGUUCAGCUCAGUUUGGCAGCUGCUGCUGACCUAAUGCAAUAUCAUCCUAUUCGAACUGGCUAAAGUUUUCUUGAUGUCCAGCUGUGAAUUUAUUCAUUCUAUAUAUUGAAAUGCUACUUAUUGCCUCUCAAUUAAGGAGGAAAGGGAUAAGCCGUCUCAGAGUUUUGCAUAUUUGAAGCAUGUCAGUGUUUGUGAUUUGUGAAUGUGGUGUAAGUGAUAAAGAAAAACAUCGCUCAAAGGAGACUGUGAGCUUUUCUCCAUUAUCACAUGUGAAUUGUUUCUUUUGAAAGUGUAGGAGUGUGAACUAAUGUGGAGGUCAGAGAGAAGCCUUUGUUCAAACCAUUUUCUCGUACUUAUCCUUUCACCUAAACACAAGCUACCUGUAGCACUGAUGUACUUUAAAGAUCACUUACCUAAUUCAUCUGAAAUGGAACGCCCAAGAGUCGGACUUUACCUCAGGCUCUUCUGUUUGCAUGUUUUGUACUGAUGUGUAAAACCAUCCCAAAGUACUUUGUUAUAGUCUCAUUGAUUUGAUAUCUCAGAGUGGUUGUUGGUGGAGGAAUCUGAAAUGUGAAAAUUGCUUUCGUGAUGGUUGUUUGUAAAGAAUGAGACAGGUGAAAUGAGUAGCUGCUGUUACACUUCCUAAAGAUAGACGAGUGGAUACUAAUGUUGAAGGGAUUUAUUUUUAUACAAAUCUAUUUAAUGUUGUUCAGUUUUUUUUUUAUUUUAGGUUCUUGGUGCUCCAGGGAGAAAAUUAACUUUUUCAGGAAAAGGUUACUUUUUGAUUUUCAUCUGGUUUAAGUUGCUGAUAUUAACCUUUGACCCUAUUUUCUUUUUUUUAAAAUCAAAAGUAUUCUUACUUUUUUAUUUGUGGCAUUUCCGUCUGUGUUUGAAUGGAUUCACCGAUGGCAUAGUGUCACUUUAUUCCUCUUGACCCUUUUAACUUCAUGUGAUGCCAGCUAGAUUACCCGCCCCUAUUUUCACACUGUUGCCAUGGACACCCAAUCCCUAUAGCAACUGAAGGACCGUCAUUCGCUGGCAGGGAUUGACGUAUCUGCUCUGAGUGAAUAAACACAUCAGGACAGAACUGCUUGGUAUGUUGAAGCCCCGAAGCUCUCAUUACGAAUCAUCAAAGGACUUGUUUGCCCACAGCCCAUCAACCUGUAACGGCAUCAGAUGAGACAGAGCGAACCGCUGCGCAAUUAUGGGGUGCCAUUGAAGUUUGUCAAGGCUCCUACAGGGUCCUGUGAAUGCAGCUCAGUGAGAGAGCCUGUUUUCACUAGCCCUCUGUGUCCCCAAUAAAAACAUCCUCAACAUUUCACCUCUCUG